AUGGCCCCAUCCAUCCAUCCGGAGGAGGAUGAAGUGAAUGGCCCAAACAAAAAAGAGAUGUCCCCAACACUACCUCCGCAGGAGCCCGAUAAGCCGCCCGAAAUCACCUUUCCGGAGGGCGGACGCACGGCGUGGCUCACCGUGGCUGGCGCGAUGAUGGGCACAUUCUGCACGUUUGGAACGAUACAAUCUUUUGCGGUGUACCAGGACUAUUACACGCGAAUUUACCUCAGCGACCACCCGCCGUCCGAUAUCUCCUGGAUAGGCUCGGUUCAGGCUUUCCUCUUGUUUGCGCUGUCGUUCGUCAGCGGACGGUUGUUUGACCAUGGAUACUUCCGCCACAUGAUGGUGGGCGGCAGUAUUGUUUAUGUCGUCUCGUACCUCUUGCUCUCCCUCGCCAAACCACACCACUAUUACCAAAACUUUCUCGCGCAGGGUAUCGGAAUGGGGCUUGGAAUGGGAAUUCUGUUCCUCCCCUGCAUAUCCAUCGCCGCCCACUACUUCAAACGCCGCCGCGGCCUUGCUGUCGGAAUCAUCCUCUCUGGCGCGCCAAUUGGCGCAGUCGUCUACCCUCUCAUUCUCAACCACACGUUUCCUCGAUGGGGGUUCGGCUGGGCUGUGCGGACGGUAGCAUUUCUGGACCUCGCACUCUUGAUCAUGGCAAAUCUCCUUAUGCGGACGCGACUAAAGCCGCGGCCACAAGAGGCGGACGUGAAAGCCAUCCUUAUGGAUGUGCCUUUUUGGAUCUGUUGUGCCGGAAUCGCAUUUACCUAUUGGGGACUGUUUAUUCCAAGUAAGCAAUGUCCGCUUGCGAUGAUUCAUCUUUUGCUGACUGUCGCGCGGUAG